GUGUUUGUGAGCCUGAUCGGAUAUGUCAACGCUUUGGAACUUCACCUCCCUAGGGCUGGAGAACCCUACCUCGGGGGAAUUCGUCUACUCGCCCCAAAACCAUGUCAUUGCCGCUUUCGCCUUGGGGGCCGUUUUUCUCCUCUCACUGUACUACAUCCUCCGAUCUAUCGGGCACUCCCUGCUCGGCGCCCGACUAAGACGAUACGUCAACGUCCUGCCCGGAGAGCACGCACACGUGAACUCCCAAGAGUUGCCCGAAGAUCGCGUGCGGGACUGGCUCGUCAACACCCUCGGCGGCGCGGCGGGUGUUGCGGUCUACAACCCUAACUCGGAUAUCAAGAGCGUUGGUGCGCUGAUGAGCUUGAGUAUCACUAUUGGGAGCGCGAUGCUUUGGGGGUCGUUGAUGACGUUCCCCAUGGUGAAGGGAGGGUCGUUUGCCUGCCAAUUCGUCGUUGCAACUGGGUACAUCGCCGUAGGCAUGACGCGUGCCAAGGGCUUGUACAAGAUGUCUACCGAGAUGGUUGAGCUCGGGGUCCCGAAGUGGGAGACGAUCGUCUUCCGCGUCUGUAUUCUCUUGAGCAUGGUGGGGAUGGUCAUUUGGAGAUACUUCAGUACGGGUGUGCUGGUCAUGGUGUCGACUGCAGUGCCAUAUGCGAUGUGCUACAACCGACACUUCAUCCUUCCAGCAGCGAUCAUAACUGUCGCGAACCUGUUUCUGGAAAUAUACGCCCUCGUGCGGUUGUUCGUCCUCCUCUCACCCUCGUUUCUCAGCCUCUCCCAUCGCCUAUGCUCCGUCUGCGACAUCCGGAUCUUCUGGGCACUUGCGCUUAUCUUCUUUGAGCUCUGCACUGCUGUGGGGAACAUCUACCCCCUCGGUCUGGUGGUGGAUUUCGUGCCUUACUCCCUGUCAGGGAUGAUCUUGCUCAUCGUAUUUAACUACCGACGUGCACCUCCACGUACGCUGCCCACCGCCACCCUUGGUCCGCUCAGCACCUUCCACGCUUCUCAAUACGACCGUUCCUCAGUACGGCAUUCCGCUUUCGUAUCAGAGUUCGACCCAGGCGCAGCAGGGUACGAGAACUUCAAGCAGAAGUGGGAGGCGGAGGAGUUGGCCGGAAUGCGCCCCGCGCUCCCACCGCCGGUGGUGCAGAUGAGCAGGCUGGGAGAGAGGAGGAAGAGGAACUCGGCGCCGGCUGCGCAUCCGAGCUAUGAUGGCAAGGUUAGGGGCCGGUCGUUCCUCAUGCUCUAGGUCGGUUUCUUAAGGUGACGUUGUUGAAAGGGCUGUAGCGCUGGGAUGCUUGACAUUCUUUCUGGGUUGAUCCCAUUCCAUUGACAAACUUGGUGCAUAUGCACAUCUGCGCGUCGAUGUACUGUAAUGUACAAUGCGUU